UCAGACGCAGCCGGGGCAUAUAAGGUGAGGGGGACAGGUAAAUUCACCCCAGCGUUCUUAAAUCAUGGCUUCAGCUGGCCUCCUCACCUGUGUACUAUUGGCCUGCAGUCUCAGAGUUGUCCGAGCCCAGAAUAUCCGAUGUUUCGACUGCAACAGCGGCAAUGGAGGGUGGAACACCAACUGUCCUGAGAACGGCGACCUCUACUUCGACAGAGUGACCAGCGUCGAGUGCCAGGAGCUGUGCUUUGUCCGCACACACAUCUGGCACCCCGGCACCAUUUUCCGUGGAUGUUCAAGUGGAUUCUGGUUGCCGCGCCCCCUGCCGACCAACGGCUGCAUGACCGACUCAAGGGGAGAUAAUUGGUGCUUCUGCGACUCCGAAGAAUGCAAUACAAUGGCGAUGUAGUAGCUGGAGACAAUGCAGAGUUAUUAUUCAAUAAUUACAAUAUUUUUUUUCGUGAUGUAAAUAAUUUGUAUUUGUCACAUACUCUUGUAUGCAACUAUUUUCUAACUGAUGUUCCAAAGACAAAUAAACAUAUUCUAUAAGAA